AUGACGAACCCGACAGACCCCGUGGUGGAUGAUAUAGUUGAAACGAGAGUUGGCAGAAUCACAUUAACCGUGCGGAUUCUUGAUAUUGAGUUCGGCAACUACACGAGAACUGAAACCGUCGAAGUGCUUCGGGCCCCUGAAGGUCAUGAUUUCCCCGAGAUCAUCACUAUCAAACGUCUCGGUCGGCACUACGGCCCAUUAAACUCUUACGUCCAAUGGAAGCUCCCCCCGACACCAACUCCGCUUGAGACUUGA